GAUACCUAGCCGAGGUAUUCCCUCCGGGAGGCAUAACCAUUCUCAUGACGUUUUCCCAAGUAGGGUACCUGAUCCACCUUUUUGCGAUUGGCGUGCAAGUCGAUACCGGCAUUCUGUGGAGGGCCGAAAAGAGCGAGCUCAUAAUCGGGACCUUGUGCUUCUUCUCGCCUUACGCAGUUGCCUACCUUUCCUACUACGCCCUCAAGGGCUUAUUCAACUUGGAUGACUCGUUGAGCUACUCCAUCCCCUACAUCGCCAUCGUUAACUCCCUCUCCUCCUACCCUGUCAUCACCUCGCUCCUCACCGACCUUCGGAUCCUAAACUCGGACCUCGGACGGUUCGCCUCCCAUGUGUCGCUGGUGUGCGACUUGUUGACGUGGAGCUUGUCCCUGCUAGCGAAUGCUGCCAACUUAGCCUUCCAUCGCUCCACGAUGGACUCAAUGUGGUCGAUACUUUUCACACUUAUGUUCAUCUCGAUCAUCAUCUUCAUCAUUCGCCCCGUGACAAUAUGGUCAUCCCGAUGCGCACAGGAUGGAGAAGAGGAGCGGGUCCAUUUCUUUGAGAUUAUGGUGAUCUUGUUGGGGUGCUCGCUGCUAUCGGAGAUCCUGGGCCAGCACAGCAGCUUCGGAGCAUACUUGAUGGGCUGGGCUUUGCCGCACGGGCCGCCAUUCGGGACGACCUUGGUCCAGAAAGUAGAGACGGUUUCGGACAGCCUGAUGGUGCCAGCGUUCUUGGCGGUGAGCGGGGUGCGGACGCACCUGUCAAGCCUGGUCGCGGCGUCGUCCGGGUACACGCAGGUGAUAAUAGUGAUGAGUUACGUCGGGAAGUUCUCGGGGACGCUGGUGGCUUCUGUCGUUUGCGGCAAGCCGUUCUGGGACGCCGUCCCUCUCAGCCUCAUCAUGUGCUGCAAAGGCAUCAUCGAGGUCGCUGUCUAUUGCGCGUGGUAUGACAGAAAGAUAAUAGAUCAGCAGGUCUUCGCUCAGCUAGUGGUCACCAUGGUGAUCGUGACCACGUUGGUGAGGCCCCUCGUCGCUUAUCUAUACGAUCCAUCCAGCAGAUACAUGGUCCAUGGACGAAGAGCCCUCCCGCAAUCGAAGGAAGGCGUCAAGGUCCAGAUCCUCGUUUGCCUCCACAACGAAGAUAACGUCCCCACCAUCAUGAACCUCCUCGAGGCCUCCAACCCCACCCCUCACAGCCCCAUCUCCGUCUUCGUCCUCCACCUCGAGGAGCUCAAGGGCCGGUGCGCCGCCGUCCUCGUCCCCCACCACCACCUCGACAAGUCCGCCUCCCAGGUGGCCGGCUCGGACCACGUGGUCAACGCGUUCACCAACUACGAGCAGCGCAGCUGCGGGAGCGCCGUGGUGCAGCACUUCACCGCCAUCUCGCCCUUCGAGAGCAUGCACGACGACGUGUGCGCCCUCGCGCUCGACAAGCGGACCCACCUCAUCAUCCUGCCCUUCCACAAGACGUGGGCCAUCGACGGGACGGUAGGGUUCGUCAAGUACGCCUUCCGCAACGUGAACAAGAAUGUGAUGGGCAAGGCACCCUGCUCCGUCGGGGUCCUCAUCGAUCGGGGCUCGCUGGCAAGCACCCACCAUAUGGUGGGUGGCGAGGCCGCGCCGUACCGAGUUUUCGUGCUCUUCUUGGGGGGCGCAGACGACCGGGAGGCCCUCGCCUACAGCAUGCGAAUGGUUGACCACCCGUCGGUCAGCCUCACGAUAAUUUGGAUCAGGAGCAGAGAGGAUGAGAAACACGGGGGGAGCCAGCUUGACAAAGAAGCGAUGGGUGACUUCCGGGCCAAGGUGGGCUACAACAGGAAUGUGAAGUACGUCCAGGAGAUGACGGAAGACGGGGUCGGGACCGUACAGGUGAUCCGCUCGGUCGAGACCGUGGUCGACCUGCUGAUAGUGGGCACGCACCACGACCCGUCGUCGCCGCUCAUCUUGGGCUUGACGGAUUGGAGCGAGAACCCUGAAUUGGGGGUCAUUGGCGACCUGCUCGCCACUUCCGAUUUCCAGUUCUCGGUUUUGCUAGUGCAGCGAGAGCCCACGGCGGCGACAUCCCUUCCCUUUAUUGAGUUUGGAAAUCAGUAGCUAGGCCGUAGAGAUCGUCGGUCGUAGCAAGAUUCGGCCCAGCGGGAAAAUUGAACGGGUCGAUCGCGAGCGCCUGCGGCAGGAGACGCUUUGUUUUUCUUUCGGUUGUGUAAUGCCGAGUAUGAGGAAAUUUGUUAGAUUUUCGACAUAGAAUGUUAGAUUGAAGAGUGUACGUAGAUAUCAUGGACAUUUGGACAAAAUGCUAAAACUGAUGUACAUGCGUAGAUUUGUUCGGUUCGGUGCAAAUAU